AGUGAAGUGAAAUGGAUACUCGCGAGUGAAUCUAAUGAUGGCCGUGAACAGUCCAGGAGGUUAUCCUCCCGUCUCCCCUAAGCCCCAUACUCCCAAAAGUCCCCGGCACUUUGUGUUUCCCCAAAAAAGUCCGUCUAUCACCUCCAGCACUUCUUCUUCUGGGUACUACACGCCUCAGUCCGGUUGUAGCUAUGAUAAGCACAACCAGCCUCCGAAGUCUCCCAUAGCGCACGGGCACAGAAGUCCCAUGAGCCCGAGGCACUUCAAUUUCCCACAGAAUCCUUCAGGCCGGUCGAGUCCCUGCAACUUCGAUAGGGUCCCUCAUCCCCCAUCUGGCCUGCACUACUCAACGUCUCUCAAACACAGCCGGAGAGAAAAGUCCAGGUCUCCCAAACCGCCUCCCGUGCACAUCCACACCAACCCAGGAUAUGUGUCCCCGAACCGCACGCGGAAAAUAUACGGUUCUACUUCCACAGUGAGCUCUCCGCGGCUAGUGACGUCACCGAGUAUAGUGUCAAGUCAUACUGACGACUCGAUGGAUGCCAUGCCGGGGACGCCGUCUGCGGUGGUGCAUGAUGCGGAUGACGAGGCCACGACGACGUCAUCACGCAUCUGCCGGAAGUCGACGUCAGAUUUGACAGAUAUGACAGAUGACACGCCACAGACUAGGUCGACGAGCGUGAGCAGGCCGUGCUCUCCUAUGAGGCGAGGGUCCAUGAAGGGUGGACUGGCUUAUCUGGCCAGUAGGAGAGGGUCGAGGGAGUCUACGAUGUCGAAUUGUGACUCCGUAGAGGAUAUCGGGCCGUUGAACUUUCAAAAUACGAUGCGUGGACGGCAGAGGCGGACGUCCAACUUUUUGGAAUUACCAGUGGUCGAGCACUCGCGCCCUCGCGUCUGCUCUCUACCCGAGAAGCCGUACAAUCCUCGCAUCUCCGACGACCUGUACCGGCUGCGCACCUUCAGCAUCACGACCAAGGGCGGUGUCGUCAACUGCGGCGACUCCAUCUGCAACCGCCGCAGCCGGUCCAACACCUCCGUCAACUCCACCAAUAGCAGGGCGUCGGACCGGUCGCCUUUCGACGGGUCCUGCUGCUCGGGCUACCGGCCUGUGGACUCCGCGAGCCUCACCACGCCGGACGAAGACGAUCUUGACCAGAUCCCAAAGUACCGAGUGGUGUUGUUGGGCGACGCCGGCGUCGGGAAGACGGCGCUAGUGUCGCAGUUCAUGACGUCAGAGUACAUGAACACGUAUGACGCCAGUUUGGAUGACGAGUUUGGAGAGAAGUCGGUGUCGGUGCUGCUAGACGGUGAAGAGUCGGAGCUGGUCUUCAUAGACCACCCCAGCACUGAGAUGUCGGUGGAGAACUGCCUCUCAACGUACGAGCCUCACGCAUGCGUGGUGGUCUACUCUGUGGUCGCGCGCAGUUCCUUCGUGCGCGCUAACGAACUACUCUCGUAUUUGGCACGCGAGUCGUUCACGGCAGACCGGACUGUCGUGCUGGUGGGGAACAAGGCUGACCUGGCCAGGGCUAGGCAGGUCACGACCAAUGAGGGCAAAGCGCUGGCCACGACAAAAGACAGCAAGUUCAUCGAGACCUCGUCCGGCAUCCAGCACAACGUGGACGAGCUGCUAGUCGGCAUCUUGAAGCAGAUCCGCCUCAAGGAAAGUCGGGAGAAGAAGCAACAAGAAGCAAAACCUUCGAAGCUGGCCAGCUCCCGCACCCACAUCUCUCUAAGCAUCGCCAGGGAGCUGCUCCAAAAGAUUUGCAUCAAUGACAUCUCCAAAUCAAAGUCCUGCGAGAACCUACACGUCCUAUAAACUUCUGAGCUCCUGGUAACUCGUUUUAUUAUAAACUUUCUCAGCAAGGAUUAUGAACUUUAA